CGCACCGAUUCCCAUGCGACCGGCGCUGCCCGACCCACCAUUGAUCCCCCGGUGAAUUCCCGGCGUGCGCCCAGAGUCGAAGGCGGCGGUUUUGCGGUCCCAUCUGCUUCCUUAUGAGCUGUUUUGACAAGCUUCGGUGUUCCUCCAACCUCAGCCGCUUCGUCGCGGGCCUCCUCCUCCUCAUCCUGUACCAUUCCUUCCAGUUGGUCUCCAAUUUCCCGAUUCCUAUACACCCUUAAUCGGAGAAGCCCCCCCCCCCCCCGUUUGCAUUCCUCCUCCUGUGUUCUCUUCCCAUCGCCUCCCCCGUCGUCCCCAGCGGCGUUGAAUUUCGAGACGAGGAUUUUUCUUCCCCUUCUUGUUUCGUCGUUGUUGCCGGCGCUUCCGAUUCGGACAGGGGCUUUCUUCCCUUAUGGAUCCCGAGGAAUCGUUAUCAUCGAUCCCUUUGCUCGACGGCACCAUAUUUUCUCAUUUCAAGAGAGAACAAACUUCGCGCCCUUCAGUCAUCGUGAUUGGUGGUGGAAUAUCUGGGUUAGCAGCAGCCCGUGUUCUUCAUGAUGCAUCUGUUAAGGUGAUCUUGCUGGAAUCUCGGGAUAGAAUUGGUGGUCGCAUUCAUACUGACUACUCAUUUGGGUUCCCUGUGGAUAUGGGGGCCUCAUGGCUACAUGGUGUUUGCAAUGAGAAUCCAUUGGCGCCUCUGAUACGACGUUUAGGGCUCACUUUGUACCGUACCAGUGGGGACAACUCUGUCCUCUAUGACCAUGAUUUGAAAAGCUGUAUACUUUUCGAUACAAAUGGCCAGCAAGUUCCCCAGAACAUGGUCAGUGAAGUAGGUGAAACAUUAGAGAUAAUUCUCAAAGAGACAGAUAAAGUAAGGAACGAACAUGCUGAUGAUAUGUCUGUUCGUCAAGCUAUUUCAAUUGUGUUAGACAGACAUCCAGAGCUGAGACAAGAAGGGCUUGCAAAUGAAGUAUUACAAUGGUUUAUUUGUCGAAUGGAAGCUUGGUUUGCAGCAGAUGUGGAUAAAAUAUCAUUAAAAAGUUGGGAUCAGGAACAGGUACUUUCUGGCGGCCAUGGACUUAUGGUGCAAGGCUAUGAUCCUGUAGUAAAGGCUCUUGCCAAGGACAUUGAUAUACGCUUGAACCAGAGGGUUUCAAAGAUAUAUUAUGGACGCAAUAAGGUCAAGGUCGUGGUUGAGAGCGGAAAGAAAUUUGUUGCGGAUGCAGCUAUAGUUACAGUUCCUCUGGGUGUUCUCAAAGCAAAUUUAAUUGAGUUCGAGCCUAGGUUGCCAGAGUGGAAGAUUUCAGCUAUCGCAGAUCUUGGAGUGGGCAAUGAAAAUAAGAUAGCCUUACAAUUUGAUCACGUUUUUUGGCCAAACAUGGAGUUAUUUGGCGUUGUUGCCUCCUCUUCUCACGCUUGUGGUUAUUUUCUCAAUCUUCACAAGGCAACUGGUCAUCCUGUUCUCGUCUUUAUGGCUGCGGGGGAUUCUGCUUACUAUCUUGAACGUCUUUCUGAUGAGUCUGCUGCCAGUUUUGUCAUGUCGCUGCUCAAGAAAAUGUUCCCUCAUGCAACUAAGCCGGUAAAGUAUCUCGUGUCCCAUUGGGGAAAAGACCCAGACUCUCUCGGCUGCUACUCUUACGAUCUGGUGGGAAUGCCAAUGGACUUAUAUGAAAGGCUGAGAGCACCGAUAGGCAAUCUUUUCUUUGGAGGGGAAGCCGUGAGCAUGGACCACCAGGGAUCGGUGCACGGGGCUUACUCAGCUGGAGUGAUGGCGGCCGAAAAUUGUCAGAGGUUGCUCCUGAACCGAGUUGGGAUAAUGCGGAAUGUGAAGGUGGUUUCUUUUCAGGUGGAGAGCCUUCAAGCUGCAUCUCCUCUGCAGAUCUCAAGAAUGUGAAGCAUUGCUAUGCCACCCCAUCAAAUCUAUUUACAUUAAAUAAAUUAAUCAUCUUGGACAAGGAUAAUUUGAAAAUUCAAGCAAUGAUUUGUGUUAAAUAGUUUGAUUUACUA